UCUCUCUCUCGCUCGCGCUCUCUCUACUCUCUCCUUGGAAAAUUGAUCGAUCAAUCGGAAGUUCGUAACUGAAGUUUAGUUAGAAUCUGAUCUUCUGAAAUCUGAAGCAUCCUGGUAAACAUAUUGAAAUUUGUUGGUCCACAAUAAAAGAAAGCAGCAAUGGCAAACAUUCUAGCACAAGGGCAGCUGAUCCUUCAAGAUGAGAAUUUGGGUAUCCUGCAUAAAGAUGAGAAUUUGGGUAUCCUGCAUAAAGGGGCUUCUGUGAAUGGAAAGGCGAAGAAUUUUAAAGAACCCAAGAAGAAAGGAGCACAGGGACUUGGCCAUCGGAAAGCACUCAAUGAUAUUUCCAACUCAUCUCGGCUUCGGCAGGAGGCCUCAUCAAAGAAGAAUAAUAAUUUGGAGGAGUUCAAUAUUGAUGACCAAAUGUGGUUGCAUGAUCACAGUAAGUGCGUAGAGUUGCAAACAGCAGCUAUGGAUCGCUAUCUCUAUAUGGAGAGAGUUUUUUCAGAUCUUGAUUAUCUCCGGUUACAUCUCCAAAGUCCAAAACAUCAAAGGCUGGUUUUGGUAGUCCUCCCAGGUCUCUGGAGUUGAUACAGUCAUCCGAACUGCCAAAUCCAACAUGGUUGAACAGGGAUUACUCUCAUUCCCUAAUGCAAUUUGAGCCACUUGGGUUUAUCUUGUUAUCAAGGUA